UUGUAAAGUAAGGGGUUGCUUUACCGGGACAAUGCUACUCUUAUUUAAGCUAAACUGCACUAUUUAGACUUUUUAAAAAUAUAUAUAUUAUCAAGCUACACAAAGACUCAGCAAACUUACAUAGUGGAAACCAAACUGGCAAAUCAGGCUGUCAAGAGAACAGUGAAAAAGAAACAGAGAUUUUCUCAAUCAUACUGGGCAAACUAACAAAGAAUUUUACGACAUCAUUGGACAUUUUGCGAGUUAAAGAAACUUUUCCAGUUUUUCCGUUAGUUUGAAAAGUGUGUCAAAGGAAAACCUGAGAAAAUAAAGACACAAUCUGAGAGUGGCAGGAGGAAGACUUUUCAAACAGUGCUUUUUUCUCUUUAGGAUGAAGUUGGAAGCAUGAUGCCCAGACUACCAGUGGAGUUUUGAAAGGAUAUUUUCCCAAUGUCUCUGUUCUAAUUUGCUUUUCAUUUCUGUGAUCAAUACCACAACCAGCAACAACCUGGGAAGGAAAGGAUUUAUUUGCUUCAUAUAUCCUGAUCAUAGUCCAUCACUGAGGGAAGCCAAGGCAAGAACUCAAGAGGAUAAUAUAUAUAAGAAUAUGCAAGAAUCACAGGAAACCCACAUAUCCAACCACCUUGACGAAGUUGUUCCUGCUGUCAGCAUCACUGCUAGAAAGAAAGUCCCAAACGAGCAGCUUCAGACAGUGCUGUUCCAGCCUCCGAGAGAGAAACUUCACCUCUGUGAAGAGAGGGCAAAGUCCUACUCCAGCAGCCAAGAGUACAAACGGGUUAUCCCAGAGCUUGUGCGCUGUGUAGCAUUGACAAGAAUUUGCUAUGGUGAUUCCCACUGGAAGCUAGCAGAGGCACAUGUAAAUCUGGCUCAAGGCUACCUCCAGCUGAAAGGAUUGUCACUACAAGCAAAGCAGCAUACAGAAAAAGCCAAAGAAAUCCUGGCCAACUCCAUUGAGCCUCCCUACCACGACAAUGUUGACGUGUUCAGGUGUUCCAUAGAGCUUUUCUAUACCAUGGGGAGAGCCUUGCUCUCCCUUCAAAAAUAUAAGGAAGCUUCAGAGAAUUUGACAAAAGCAGAGAGACUUUCCAAGGAGCUGCUACAAUGUAAAAGGAUUAUAAAGGAAGAGUGGGUAGAAAGCCAAGCUCGGAUCAAGUUGUCAUUUGCACAGGUGUAUCAAGGUCAGAAGAAAUCAAAAGAAGCUUUGUCCUACUAUAAAAAGGCUUUGGAAUACACCGAGAUCAUCAGAGGUGAAAAAAGUCUUGAGUGUGUACCAGUACUCAGGGAGUUAGCAGGUGUAGAACAAGACCUGAGAUUCCAUGAUGCUGCCAUCAAUCACUUCAUACAGGCACAUCUCAUCGUCAUGAGUAAAAACCCCUCCCCAGAGGAGGUUGCAGACUCUGCACUCUUUGUUGCCCAGGCUGCCAUUGCUUCUGAGAUUCCUGACCACCAUGAUGCAGCUGAACAGUAUUUUCAAGAGAGUAUGGCUCAUGUUAAGGAUUCUGAAGGAACAGGAAGAGCCAAAUUUCUUUCAAUUCAAGAUGAAUUUUGCAACUUUCUGCAAAUCACUGGACAAAAAGAACGAGCAACCAGGAUCCUGAGAGAGUCCCUGGAAGCCAAAGUAGGAGCAUUCGGUGAUUUCAGUCCUGAGGUGGCAGAGACAUACCGGGUCCUGGGCGAGGCAGACAUGGCACAGGGAAACCACAGCAGGGCGUACAAGAAACUAAAGAAGUGCAUCCAGAUUCAGACGCUCUUGUAUGGACCACAAGACAAGAGGACCCUGGCCACACAGCAGACCAUGGACAUGCUGUCCAAGACCCCCGAGGUCGCCGUGAAAUCAAGGCAAUCUCUGAAAGACAAAGUGGCAUUCUGUACCACUGUCCCUCAGCAUACUGUGCCAGGGAGGGCCAGGCCCAGUGUGGCAGACUGAUACCCCAACACACCUCAAAGAAUGCUCUGAGAAAUCCUGGGUAUUGCUAUUAGAGUGCCAUACAAACCUCUCUCCAACUAGAAGAUGGAAUUAAAUAGCCACUGUGCAGAUUUUUAAGAAAGCAACAGCAAUACCUUGAAUUGUUGUCCAUCAGUCACAUUCCAACAUGGAUGCCCUUCAGGGUGAUCUGCUGCUUCUACUAUUUUUAUUUUUGUUCCCCUCAAUGAUUUCUCUUGCCAACAAGAACUUUUGCCCAUGGGCACUACCACAGCUGAAAGACUUAUUAAAAGUUCAGGACUUUUCAGUAGACUCAGCAUCUGAGUGCUUACGGAGCCCCUCACAUGGAUCUAGAGCCACAUUUGGACCAAUAAUAUUCUGGACAAAACCCUUUCUUAUAGGAAAUUAGUAGGAAUGGAGAAGAAAAUGCUAAUAAAGAGAAACUUGUGCUAAUGUUA